UGAAGGAUUGGAAACCUCGUGUUUUCUCGCGAUACGUGAUUGACGACUGCUGCAGAAUUCAAACUAGCCGUUUUGAAAGUUCCCGAGCAAGAAAGCGGUUGGGGGGCAGUACAUUCUUCAGAUAUAAUAUUGCUAUCGCCAACUUUAAAUCCAAAGAUGUCAGAUCUAGAGGAUGAGAUUAAAGUGUUGCGGCGGAAGGUGCAGGAAGGAGAAGAGGCACUUCAGAGGGCUGGACAGUAUGGACUUCAACUCUUGGAUGACAAAAUGGAUCUGCACAACAAAUUGGAGGAACAACGAAUCGAGAUGUCCAAUGUCAUUGAGGCCCUGGAACAAGAGAAAUACUCUUUACAAAGGGAUGUUGAGCUAAAGGCCCGCAUGCUGGAGAGUCUGCGAUCAGAAUUUGAUCUCGUCAGAAACCAACAGAAACAUCAAAUGGAGCAGCAACAAACUCUGCUGGAGAGGAGCCAUGCUCUUGAGCUCAGCGAUUUAAAGAAUAAGUUGGAAAAAAUGAAGACAGAUUUAGAGGAGGCUCAACUUGCUGAGAAGCAGAUGAGACACAAGCUGGACCAGCAGUCUGAAGCACUAAACAGCAAAACCGAAGAACUUCGUGUCCUUACAGAACGUGCACAUGAAACAAUGUCCUCCGAGAUCCUUGAGCUGCAAAUGCAGAAGAUGGAUAUGGAAUCAGCAAUGGCGACUUUGGAGCAAGAGCUUCAGGAGGCACGAUACAAAGAAGAGCAACUACAUUUGGCCAACACCACCCUCCAGAGACAACUAGAGAGACUCACGGAAGAGAAGGAAGAGAGAGAGAGAGAGGCAGUGUCCUGCUACAAUUCUUUGGAGGUAGAGGACAAGAGAGCAGAGAUGGAGCGGCAGCUGAAAAGCAUGAAACGACAGCAUGAGUCUCUACAAAAGCAGCAUGCUCUCACCAAGCAACAUAUGCACCGCAUGAAGAUGCAGAUAGCCACCCUUAUGCAGCUCCAGGGCAACAGGGCUGACCCAGCACAGCUUGAACGACUGCAAUUCAUGUUAUCUGACAAAAACAAUGAGAUAGAAAGCUUGAUGAUGAAAGUAAGAGAGCUGGAGAAAGCGAAGAUGACUGUAAAAGACCAGCAUCCACCUGCCCCCUCUAAAGAAGGCGAGGUUAUGGAUGAGACUUAUUACACAGACCUAUUAAAAAUGCAACUUUCAAAUUCAAAGAAAGAUGCAGAGAAACUGAAGGAUGAGUUGUCCAUGGCGAGAAUGAAGGCUCUCUCUGAAAGUCAGAGAGUGUUGGAGUUGGAGAGGAAACUUUAUGGCACAGAGCAAGCACUAAAACAAAGACACAGUGACAAUAUGAGGCUCCAAGUCAAGCUUGAAGAACUAAAGAUGAAAUAUAUACCUAACGAGGUGAACAAAGUACAAGUACAGAAACGCCGCCGGGAGAAGUUUCCUGUAGCUGUUCCAGAGGAAAAAUCGGCACCUAGCAAAGAGGAACCUGCAACCAUGGACACUGAGCCAAGCAAGGGCUCUAGUACAGAGGAAAAAACCCUCAGUCAUCCUGUUGAGAAGCCGGUUGUGAUCCCCUUGCAGUCUGCACAACCCACAGAAGCCAACCCUGUCAUGUCCCGUGAAAGCAAGUCUGUCCGAAUCUGUGAGGAUCCCCCAGUCUGCAUUCCUGAUGCGCCCAGGUCUCCUGUAAGUGACUCCAAUAGCAAGAAUGAGGAUCAAACUCAUCAAAGCAGCGAAGAGGAGGAGAACUGGAGAACUGAAAGGAAGAGGAUAAAGUACCAACAGCCCACUCAUGUUAACUCAGAAAAAACUAUGGCAAACGAGUGUGCUCAACAGUAGUUUGGCUAUUGUAAAAUGUGAAUUCUUUAUAAAUAUUUGUCAUACUUAA